AUGGACUUUUCCCGUUUCAACCAAGCAGAGCAAGCUCAAAUCGCAGCCAUGAUUGAGCACAAGCAGAUGCGUGAUUUCAUGAAGCUUUACAGCAGCUUGGUUCAGCGUUGUUUUGACGAUUGUACAAAUGAUUUCACUACAAAGUCAUUAAAUAGCAAAGAAGAGAGUUGUGUAAAUAAAUGUGCAGAUAAAUUCUUCAAGCACUCUGAACGAGUUGGUGCUCGUUUUGCUGAACUUAGUCAAAAUAUGACUCCUCCUGGACAAUAA